AUGUCCGCGGAAAAAGGAUCCACCCCAAGUUUCAAGCAAUCCACUAUUGAUGAUAAAUCGACUGCUGAAGCCUUGAAUCUUUACCAUGAAUUAGGUGGUGAAGUCAGCCCUGAAAUCGCUACGGCCUUACGCUGGAAAAUCGAUCUUCGACUAAUGCCACUGCUUUGUUUGACGUAUACUCUUCAAGCUAUCGACAAAAACACUAUCAGUUAUGCAGCUGUCUUUGGUUUACGCGAGGAAAUUGGCUUGCAAAAGACGGAAUUUUCAUGGGCCAGUGCUAUAUUUUACCUAGGUUAUAUGGCAUGGGAGUUUCCAACGAGUAUGCUUUUGCAGCGACUGCCGAUUAACUACUAUAUGUCAGCCACGGUUAUUACAUGGGGCAUUGUCUUGAUGUGCCAUGGAGCAGUCCAGUCGUUCGGAAGUUUAGCGGCAGUUCGAGCUCUUCUUGGUGCUUUUGAAGCUGCUAUCCAGCCAGGCACGAUGUUACUCUUUAGUAUGUAUUAUAGACGAGAAGAACAACCGUUGCGACUAGGCAUAUGGAUUGGUUCAUCUGGGCUUGGAUACAUCAUUGCCGGUAUCGCUAGCUUCGGCAUAGGCCAUAUCCACAUUAGCGUGUCUUUAUCUUCUUGGAGACUUCUUUUUAUUAUCUGGGGCGCUAUUACUUUUAUUUGGGGAGUAUUUCUCUGGUUUACGCUUCCUGGUAUACCAACGAGAGCCAAUUUUUUGACCGAGGAACAAAAGGCCUAUGCAGUUUCGAGAGUUAAAGACAACGGUACUGGUAUCGAAAAUCGACGAUUUAAGUUCAAUCAGUUCAAAGAGGCCAUAUUAGAUCUCAAGACUUGGCUACUAUUCACUUUUGCUUUAACGAGCAACUCUCCAAAUGGAGGGUUAAGUGCCUUCCAAGGUCUUAUCAUCAAAGGAGCUGGCUUCAGCACGCUGCAAACAACUCUUUAUCAGAUGCCGUCGGGUGCCGUUCAACUAGUUGCUUGUCUAGUUGCAUGCUACUGUGCUACGCGAUUCCAUAACUGUCGGAUUUUGAUCAUGAUAAUCUUCCUUAUGCCCUUCCUCGCCGGCACACUGGGUCUUUACCUCCUUCCUCAGGAAAAUUCAUACGGCCGGCUUGCUUGCUUAUGGGUAUCCUUUGCUUUCACAGCAAGUGGAACGCUUAAUAUGUCGGUAGCCACGGCCAACACUGCUGGUCACACGAAAAAGAUUACAACUAUCGCUAUACUACUUAUCGGCUACUGUGUUGGGAAUUUCAUCGGGCCAUUCUUCUUCAAGACUGAACAGGAACCUUGGUAUCCUUUCGGUGUUGGCAUGAUGCUAUUCUGUAUCGCUGCUCAGAUAUGCUCGCUUAUUGCCCUUUGGUUACUACUUUGGACUAGGAACAAAUCCAGAAAGGCAGAGCAUGCACCUGAACAUGAGGAACAGGCUUGGCACCGGGGUUUCCUUGAUGAGACAGACCUGGAAAACAAGUACUUCAAGUAUGUGUAUUAG